UCUCAGUUGUCUAUGGGAGUCUAUUGAUUGGUCAGCGAGGAGAUGUAAAAAAUGGCUGCCUUGCCUUCUCCUACUCAGGUGGCAGGGACCCACAGUGCUAUAUACGAAGCGUAUUAUCAUCAAGUAGACCCAAAUGGCACGGGAGCUAUACAAGCUUUGGAUGCUGCCCGAUUCCUCAAAAAGUCACGCCUCAGUGAUGUGGUACUUAGCAAAAUAUGGGACCAGUCCGAUCCCACCGGAAAAGGAUAUUUGGACAAAGCUGGCUUGUUCGUCGCACUGAAAUUGGUUGCGCUGGCACAGGCAGGAAAGGAAUUCAAUAUGAGCAACAUCCACUCGGAGACUCCACCACCUAAAGUUGGUGAGUUACCUAAAGUGCCACCACCCUCAGCGACACCGGCCACAGCGCCAGCGCUGGCUCCGCUCAGCGACUGGAGCGUGAAACCAGCUGAACGAGACAAGUACAGCCAGCUCUUCGACUCGCUGCAGCCCAGCAAUGGACUGAUACCGGGAAACAAGGUAAAAGGAGUAUUGAUGGAGUCAAAACUUCCAUUAGAUAUCUUGGGUAAAAUCUGGGAUCUAGCAGAUCAAGAUAAAGACGGCAUGCUCGACAGGCACGAGUUUAUUGUUGCAAUGCACUUAGUCUACAAAGCGCUAGAGAAACAUGCGGUGCCAACGACGCUGCCUCCAGAGUUGCGAGCUCGGCCCGCCAGACCUCCUUCAAGGCCACCCUCACGUCCCCCUUCCAGGCCUCCAUCUCGGCCGCCCUCCCCGCAGCCACGCGUCCCCCCGCCUCGUCCACAACCCCCUCCACAGCAGCCGCAGUCGAAUGCCUCGCUGCUGGAGGGUUUGCUAGACUUGUCCAGCCCUCCAGCACCUACUCCGCCUGCACCCCAGCAGUGGAUCAGCGCCAGCGAGCGCGCCACGUACGACGCGCAGUUCACAGCCGCGGACACGGACCGGGACGGGUUCGUGUCCGGCGCAGAGAUACGACACGUGUUUCUCGACAGUGGCCUGCCGCAGAAGACGUUGGCGCAGAUUUGGGCGCUGUGCGACACGGAGAGCGUGGGCAAGCUGUCGCGCCACCAGUUCGCGGCCGCCAUGUGCCUCGUGCAGCGCGCGCUGCGCGGCCUGCCGCCCCCCGCCGCGCUGCCCGCCGCGCUCGCCGCGCACGACGAGCCCGCGCCGCCCGCGCCGCAGAAACCAGAACCAGUAAGUCUGGGCCCCCAGCCGACCCCGGAGAUGGAUGCGAUCGCGCGCGAAGUGGACGCGCUCGCGCGGGAGCGACUCGCGCUGGAGGCGGAGCUGGCCGCCAAGCAGAGAGAGGUCACCGUGAAGAGCGGGGAGGCGGACAGCCUUCAGAGCGAGCUCGACACCCUGACGGCGACGCUGAAACAGUUAGAAAACCAAAAAGGCGAGGCGCAGAAGAGAAUAAACGACUUAAAGUCACAGGUGGACAAGCUGCGGUCGCAGGUGUCGGCGCAGGAGGCGGCGGCGGCCGAGACGGAGGCCGAGGUGUCGGCGCGGCGCGCGGCCGCGGCGUCGCUGCGCGAGCGCGAGCGCGCGCUGCAGCUCGACGCCGACGCCGCGCGCGCCGCCGCCGACGCGCUCACCGCGCAGCUCAGCCGCUCCGUGCUCGCCGUCAGCCAGGCGAAAAUCAAAAUAAGUCAUCUCGAGGAGCAGUAUCAGUCGCUCACGGCGGCCGUGGAGGCGCUGGAGGCGGGCGGGCCGGGCGCGGCCGGCGUGCUGGCGCUGCAGCCGCUGCACUCCGCGCAGCAGCUGGCGUUGCUCGUGCGCGGGACCACGCCCAACGACGCGCUCGAAGACGAAUCCUUCUCCAAGAACGAGUUCGGCGAUAUGAACGGCUCGAAUGGCUUCACGUCCGACCCCUUCAAGGACUCUGCCUUCCCGAACGUGCCUCACGACGACCCCUUCGCGCCCACCGCGAACACCAAUCACGCAACGGACGGCUUCGCUUCGGACGCCUUCGCCUCGGACGCCGACCCGUUCGCGGGCGACGCCUUCGCGCCCUCCGAAGGACCGAAGACCGAUGACGGCGCGUGGGACGCCGACCCGUUCGCCGCGCUGCACGCGCCGCCGCGCGCCGCGCCCGCCGCGCCCGCCGCCCCCGCCGCCCCCGCCGCCCCCGCCGCCCCCGCCGCCCCCGCCGCGCGCCCCGCGCGCCACAAGACGCCGCCGCCGCGCCCCGCGCCGCCGCGCCCGCUGCCGCCGCACAAGAACGACCGCAAACCCGCCCUCGACUUCACGGAGGAUCCCUUCAAAGACUACAGAUACGAGGACCCCUUCAACAUAGAGGACCCCUUCGCCGACGUCGUCGAUGCCAAGAAGAUCGACCCCUUCGCGAGACCCACGUCCGUCGCCGGCUUCGAGACGGACUCGUUCGCUCCCCCCUCCGCGCCCAACGGCCCCGCCCGCCCGCAGGACCGCCUGGGCGGCCGCGUGUCCGCCCCGCCCGGCGGCGACCCGUUCUCGGCCUCCCGCGCCAACAACAACGACGCGUGGGCCGCGUGGCCCAACGACAACUGGGCCAUGGACGACGCGUGGACCAAACCCUCCCAGGACGCGUGGGCCACCAAUACGGCCAAAAAUACAGCGAGCGACUGGAAGACCGGAAACUGGGCGAACAAGUCGGACAACUGGGCGACCGAUUGGGACUCCAACGCGAACGCCAACGCCAACGCUAACGCGAGUUCGGACGCUAAAAAGAAUUUGAACGAAACGUGGCCCACGAACACGCUACCCAGUAAGAAGGAGAAAUCGCCAAAACCGGUCAAGUACGCCAAGUCGCUGGUGCACACGAUAGGGGGCAUCGGCAGGACGAGGCAAAACAAGGACAAAAAAGCGAAGUCGACCGAAUCCAAGAGUUCCGAGUUCCUGCCCACGGAGGAGCAGCAGUGGGCGUGGGCGGCGGCCGAGUCCGCGCGUUUGCAGGCCGAGGCCGAGGCGAGGCGGCGCCAGGAGGACGCCGAGCUGCAGCUGGCGCUGGCCAUCUCGCGCCAGGAGAAGUGACCCAGGACUCUCAUGUCGCUGAUCAGGAGAAAGAAUCGCGCCUGUUGACGGGAGCGGGUCGAGCCAUUGUAAUAGCUAUCAUUUAAUCGUAAGGACUAUAUUGGCGUGCGGUUGAUAAAUUGUCUGAUUUGUGAAGUCUUGCCUUUAAUUCUCGAAAGAUUCGUAUCGAAGGAUUCGUUUGUAUCGGUACAACGUUAUGUUAUAUAUCGUUAGUUACAAACGAGUCCGCUAGUCAUUAUCAAGAAUAGCAAAAUCUUGAGUCCUCGAUGAACAAACGAGAUAGUUUGGGUUAUAAAUCGCUUGCAACUAUUAAGUAAACGAGUCAGUUGUACGAACAAGGAAAUGGAAUCAUUUAGAGGAAUAUUACCAAGGAACUAUCCUAUAUUGCACGACAUACCCAUUCAUUGCGGCGGCACAAUUAAUCAAAGCUUCUCAAUACGAGUUUUUCGUACAAACGCCCAUCGGCGUUCACCGCACCUGAAAAAUGAUUAGCAUAAUUUCUAAAAGACACUUCGCGAAACGAUGACCACUACGAUGGUUGAUUUAUAUGUGCAUAUUAAAAAAAAAAAAAGGUCCAUUGACUUUCAUUGCGUGAAGUAAAAAGAAAUACGUUUAAGAAACGAACAUAUUUAUUUUCUAAACGUUUUAUUUGUACCCAAAUAAAGACUAAUUAUAAAGCAUUGAUUCAUUUCAACUUUCAAUUCAAAAACAAUUCGUUAACUAUGAAAUUUAAAAAAUAUAUACAAUGUCAUCGGUUGUUAGUAGAAAUGACUCGUUUGCUUAUAAAUAUUGAAUACAUAAUGUAUAAUUACUACAUAAUUACUCAUAAAACAUGGCCUAAACCUUUGUAAUAUAUAAUAUUAUGUACAGUCCCUAGUUUAUUGUUUGUGGUUUAUCAAUAAUUCUUAAAAAGAUAUUUAUAAAACCGGAUGCAAAUUAUAACAAAAACGGCUUUAUGCCUUAAAAGUUUUAAUAUUUGCCGUAUCCCUCUGUAUUUAUUAUAUUUUAUGUAUAUAAAGUAAGAUACGGAUAAUACUUGGAAUUAUAACAAAUUGAUUUUUAAAAUAUGAACAUUAUGAUAGUAAAUAAGUUCAUAUUUUAAAUGUAUUAUGUUCACAUAAAACAAACGCUUUUGUUAAGUUGUAUAAUUUUAAAGUUCUCGAUCUGGACAUAUUUAUUUUAAUAUGCCAUUAACGUUUUGCAAUAAUAUAUUUACUCAAGUAAUCGAUUAUCGAUUUGUGAUUUUGAAUAUUAUUUACGAGUGAUAUCUGUUCUUACAUAUGUUUUAUUUAUCGUUAUUUUGUAUAUAAUGAAUAGUUAUAAAUUGUAUAAAGAUUCCAUUCGAUGCUAAUCGAAGCGUUUUUCAAAUUUACCAAUAAUUGCAAAUGACUUGUAAGCAUUCUUAUUUUCGCCAUCAUAAAUGUAGAUUUUUACAUAUUUUCUUUGAUGUAUAACCUCUUUGUUGUCUCAUUAUUGUUAAAUUGUUUUGAUUCGACAGGAUUUUUACUGCAAAUAUGAAACGAUUUAAAAAAAAAAACAAUAGUACAAAUAAGCUUUGUUUUAAUUACGUUGUUUAAUUGUUUGAGUUGUUGUAUACCAAGGGACAUUGUUUCAGUACACGGUGACGUCACUGCUACGUCACCAAUCACUUGUUAUUUAUUAUUAGAUUGAGUAAAUGUAAAAUUCCGAAGCGCUCAUUAUGUUACGUAUUAUUUAAUUGCAUGUUACGUAAAUUAUACGUUGCUUAUGUUUCCAAUAUGGUAACAUUGAAUCGUUCAGCUAUGUAACUUAACCACCGAUUUUUCAAAUAAUAUUUAUAUAAUCAGCGUCUUAUUAUUUAUCUAUGUAUAAGAUCAUUUUCACAGCAAUAACUGAAUGAACGUUACUUAAGUUUGUCUAUGGUGCCUUCAAUCGUCAGACUAAUGGAUGUGAAGAGGUCCCGUGUCUUGUCAUCUCAUCAAAAGAAUACAUAUAAUUGUGAACCUUAUUACAGUGAUAUAAAGCCGAUAAUAAAUAAUAUAUCAUCUCUCCCAAUAUGUUAGUAUGUAAAAUCGAUUAUUAUUAUAUUCAGCGGAGUCGUCUAAGCUGUCUAUGAAGCAUUUAAAUUAUACUAUUAUAUUACAUCUGUUCGAUAUGUUUAAAUUUAUUGUAUCAAAAAAUGUUUUUCAUUACCAAAUUGGUAGUUUUUAGCUUAGCUAUGUAGGUUAGCAUCGGGCAACACUCGCUUAUGUGCGCACGGGCCGUAAGCCGCCUCCGGUACAAUAAUUAAUCUAGUAUGCACGCUUGCCGAGACAUAAAACUACCAUUUUCUCGAUGGCAACACUGAAUCUUUCUACUAUGUCUCCGCAAGCCUCUAGUUGUCUAGGUAAGUGAUUAUGUAAAUGUAAACUUAUAAUGUAACUAUUAAUACCAACGUGUUUAUGGGUAAUAUCCUAAAAGUUGUUAUCUCUUUCUUAGGCGCUGUUGUUUAUGGCUCAUCGGUUUGCGUGGACGCCAUGUUUGUAGCAUUUCAUAUGGUGUUGUCAGUUGAAUAAAUCUAUUUCUAUAUUUAUAGUGAAAUGUUUCUAUGAAUACGUUCGUGUUUUAUGAUUAAUAAAAUUCAUAUAAUUAGUAAAUAGCUUGUUCAUAUUAUGUAAAUGUUAUCAUAGAUGUAUUUAUUUCAAGCUAAAUCGUCCUCAGUCGAUUUGUAUAUUUGUUUAGUAGUAUGUAUUACGUAAUAAUAAAUUAAUGUUCUAAUUCUUCCAAAGUCCACGCGGCCCGAGCGAUCCAUGUCUGUUAUCAGAAUAUAUUGUAACGUAUCUUCAAUGAUAGCGGAUUAAAUAAUAAAAAAAAUACAUUAAUUCUUUGACGUUGACGUGUAUAUGUGUAUUUAAAGCUAUAAAUAAUGUAAUUUUGGUAAUAUUUAUAUUUAAGUAAUGCUUUUAAGAAUCCGUUCGUCACACCGAAGCUCGCAUUUUAUUUAUAAUACAAGUGUUGCUAGUUAUGAAAACUUAUUAAUUGCAUUAUUAAUAUAUACGAGAAUGCUACAUGAAUUGGCUUUUAGACGAGAUGUUUUUUAAGGUUAAUUAAUAUAAUAUGCCUUGCUGUGAGGAGCGGAUUCUCAGAGCAGGUAGUGACGGUGCGCGGGACUCGAACGAGUGAAAUAAAGAUGGCCGGCGUUUGUUUCUCUUUCGCACUUACUGCAUUCGAGCGAAACGGCGAUAUUACUUUGUAAUGCUGAUCAGUAUUAUUCGAAACCGCGCGCCUAGUAUAGAAGCAAAUUGGUUCGUUAUAUUGGUGGGAAUUAAAUAAAGUAUAAGUAAAUAUACUUUAUUUAAUUAAAUUUAUAAGUAUAUUAUUAUAAAAGCAAAUGAGAAAAAACUAUGCUUCUUUGCUCAUAUACAACUAGCUACAUUACGGUCAUUGUUGCCGGCGAAACAUAUUCGCGGUAGUUUAGUAGAAACCAUUUAUCCAUAUAAACGAAAUGUGUUGAAAUAAAAUAAUAUUCAUGUUAUAGUAUCAUCACGAAAUUAUCAUUAUUAUUCGUUGUUGCAAUGUAAUUAUAGAAAACGCAUUUAUUGAAGUUUUAUACUGUGAAUAGUUUAUUUGGCCCCUCGUGGUUACGGCUUUUUGUUCGUCGCUCUUGAAAUGCAACGAAUUGUGAGUUAAUCUCUAGAAUCAUUCCAAAAAUUAUUUUUAGCAUAAAUGUUACCUUAAUAAAUGGUCCUUAUAAUGUAUUCGUUCUAAAACGGUUUCAUAUCAUCGUCAUUUUAUUAAUUAACUUGACAUAACACUUAUAUAAUAUAUACGAAAAAUAUAACGGAUAAAAUACAUAAUCACAACUAGCGAUGGAUACAUAAACCCUAAAUAAAAAUACAAUGUAUAAUUAUUAGCAUAUAUAAUUGUUGCGGGCUAUUUUUCUUUGUCUCAGACUAAUUGUAAACUAAAGAUUGAUUUUUUUUAGUAUGUUUUAAAUCAUUGAAGUACAAUUUUCAUAUCAAAACGCUUGGGCGUUCAUAUGUUUUUCGUUGAUAAAAAUGUUUAAUUAAUGUGAUCUAGUGUUGUAUAUAGAUGUUCUAAGCUGAUUAGCGGAGUAGCGAAUAUCAACACUGACACAUCAAAGGCCAGAAAACGUUUCUCACGUGUGUUGCCAGUUAAUAAAUAAAAUAUCAUAUCAUAAAAUUGUAUUUAAUUAAAAGUUAUUGUAUGAUCAAAAUCAUUUUUUUUUACUAGACGUUGUGUCAAUGUUGAGAUAUAAGUUUUAUUGCGUUGGUUUCUGUGUAAUGCAAAAGCCUUCGUGGUAAACCUUUAAUAAAGAAAAGGCUUUAAUACAUAUUUCAUAUUCAAUCAUUAGAGUAGUUUUCUACUAAUCAAAAUAUUAGAUAAUACAUUGAAAUAAUUACAUUUAUGUGUGCAACAAACAGUAAUGCAAUAUAAACGGUUUCUUUUUAUUGAAAUGUUGCAAGAUUACGUAUUUUAAAGUUAAUUUAACUAUAUUUCAAUAUAACAUAUCGAAUUGUCUCACCCCUAAUAUAAAAGCUUUUAUAUUCCGUUAAUAUAUUUAAGCAUUUUCUAUACAUUUUCUUAACACAGGGACCUAUUAUAUGUGGAAUUCACUGUCGUUUCGUAUUGAAUAUAGCUUUUGUUACGGUUACAAAUGUAUGCACUAGAUAAUGCGGACUUAGAGACGAUCUUGUAGGUAAUAUAUAAAAAGUUAAAUGUUUGUAUGCAAGCGAGUGUAUGUUUCUAUUAAUUUAGCGUGUUGCUAACGCCUUCUUUCGUAUUUAACACGCCUUUAUCAAUCUUAUUGUCGUUGAGAAUUACAUAUAAAAAUUCGACGCAUCGUCGCAACAGUGUUGCUGUCAGUACGGAGAAACUUCAACUGAGUGUGGAUAGGACAUGAUUGUAGUAGGAAUAGUUUGAUAGCACUAUUAACGACCUAAAACUAAAUGUUACGUGUUAUUUUGAUUGGCUGUGUUCUGUUGCGGCUCUGUUCACUCGAAAUACGUUUUAUACCACACGAGACUUUUUAAUUUUGAUGCAUUAUAAACGAUUUUCGAAUAUUUAAUUCGAUAAAAGCGAUAUAUCAAAGUUAAGAUUGAAAAGUUGUUCGUGUGUUUUAAUAAUAUAUGAUGUAAAUGGGAAUUGUAAUAUAACUCGGUCAGGUACAACGUGCCGGCAUACGUCAUUACCCGCUGAGACCCGUUGCAAUGAAACUAUGAUAUUAUAUUAAUAUGAAAAUAAUUCCUGAGAUAAUAAAAUGAACAGCAUACUGUAUACA